AUGUGUACGAAAUUAUGUACUUCACAGCCCAUCUACACCGAACCCAAACGAAUUUGUUCCACUGUUCCGUUAGACACUCGUCGCUUGCUACUCGUGGGUAAUGGUGGAAUCGCAACGGAGAUCGCCCACGAGGUUCUCGGAUGUCAGGUUGUCUGGGCAAUCAAGGACGCCAGUAUCAGCACUCCCUUCUUAGAUCCGUCUGCAGCUCGCUUCUUACUAGAUGCACGGGAUCGUUCUUUGCGUGAUACACGUGGGCAGACUGCUGCAGCUGCUGCCUCAGGUCCCGAUCAAACUGGUGAUCAACCGUCCAGUUCAACUCGGAUCCGACGUAUGCGUUAUGUGGUUGCCACCGAUGAGCAACCAGUAGCAUCUAAUGAUCCUCCCGCACCCAGUGGUACACCGUCCCAGCUGGUUCUUGUACCGGACAAUCGCGCUGUCGAGUCCAGUACAAAAUCUGUGGGUGCUGCUCUCGGUCCAGAUUGGGCCUUUGGAAUGGACCUGCAAGGCGCCAUUCCGGCCGCUAUGGAUAAUCGUUUGCUUAAGAAAUUAGCUGCAUCACCCUCAUUGUUUGUCUUCUCGAAUGCAUCACGUACUAAUGCGGCCUUUUUUGGCACGUCAUUCGACUUAGCCCCGGCCAGUGCGGGUGGUGGACUUUUGGUGGAUGAUCAGAUGCAAACCAGCGUGCCGGACGUCUAUGCUGCCGGUGAUUGUGCUUUCGCCAAUUGGACUUGGGCUCCGCAUUGGAUACAAAUGCGUCUGUGGAGUCAAGCACGUCAAAUGGGCUUUCAGGCUGCAAAAGCCAUGUUCGGACAUGCGAGAGGCGAGCAAUCGGUCCCGUUAGAUUUCACUUUCGAACUGUUCACUCACGUCACCUACUUUUUCGGGUUCAAGGUGGUACUUCUGGGCUUGUUCAAUGGCCAAGGGUUGGACCUGACCUCGCCAGACUGCUAUCUGUUGAUGCGAGUCACCCCCGGUGAAGAAUAUGUGAAGUGUGUAAUGCAAUCGGGACGCAUGCAAGGUGCCUUACUCAUCGGUGAGACCGAUUUGGAAGAGACACUGGAGAAUUUGAUUGUGAAUCAGUUGGAUUUGAUCAAUCUGGAAGAUUCUUUACUUGAUCCCAACAUUGAUCUAAGUGAUUAUUUCGAUUGA